AUGGCAGACAAUACAAAGACCGGAGGAUUUGACAAGGCAGCUGAAGCGUCAGAGACGAGUGGUGAGUGGCCCACGGUUGGUGGGGGAAGGGAGUCGUUGAGAGGGUGGGGGAAGGGAGUUGUUGAGAGGAGAUUUAAUGUACCGGAAGCGGUGGAGCAGCAGCAGGAGCAGCAGCAGCAGAGGCCAAUGCGGGGGCAGCGCCGGGUGGAGUAUCUGCAGGAUACAGAGCGGUGGCUGAACGAUAUGGAGGAGUGGAUAAAGGUGUUCAGGGGUACAGACGAGCAAAGUAACCAGCAAGUGCUGGCGAAAGCACGUGCGCUCGUACGGGAGAAGGAGGAGAAGCUGAUGGGUGAUUGCCUAAGGGAGCAGAGGAGCACAUUCGAGGUGGAGGUGAGGGGAAAGUGGGGGGUUAAGGGGGGCGGGGGGUGA